GAAAAAGCAACAGCCUCCUCCUGCGUUGAAUCUUUCUCUCCCACCGCGGCCCCCAUCGAGCGGGCCACGUGCGAGUACACCUCUGGGGGUAGACAACAAUGUCGGCCCUGGGUUUACCAACGCACCUGAAGAGUAUGGCCCUUUCACACCGACCAAGAUUAAUAGGGGGAGUCAGGAGAAUCCACGAUCUCCUGACGGAGGCUCCCAAAUGAUGAUCACAAAGUCACUUCCUCCGUCAGUCAUCAUGGGUUACUCGGAGCUCGCAAUCAACUCGAGAGCUACAAGUGAUGACUCUCAACUUCUCAACAGAGUGCCCGCCGGACUCUCUCUCCCCAUCUCGCCUAACCGAACAGCUGCAUAGGAAUCAGCUCCGGUGAAGCUGGUCAUGGCGCCGGAGGAGGCCCAAGGCCUAUCUGCCGAACCUACGAUGCAGAAGGGAUAUGAUCAGCAAGACGUGCCGAAUCACACCCAGGAAACUCACGAGCUGCCCCCACUUCAGUUCCCCAUGGCUUCUCAGCCCUUGCCCCAUAACCAGAGAACCCCAUUGCCUCUACCAAGUGCCCCGACAAACAUCGGUGGAGAGGAACAGGUGCGAGCGCAGCCGGUGAAUGAUCAUCCCAUGGCUUACGCACCCCAUCUAGUCGGGUCCAUGGUUCAGAAUGCAUAUAACCAACCUGCCACUAUCCAGCCGAACACUAUUAACCUAGACUGUCAACCACAGGUCGCCCAUGUGCCACCCCGAUCACAACCUCUCCACAUGGGCAGGACGGGAAGUAUCUCUGCUACAUCGCAAGUUGACCGAAUGGAACGAAAUGGACCAGGGUGGCCCAACAACCAUGGCUAUUCUCGAAAUGAGGACUUCAAUGCCGUUCCACCAACCCCUAACCGCAGUGUCAGUCAUCGAAAUGGGUCUCGCAGCGUUAGGGGCAAUCGCCGAGGCGGUUAUAACCAACGAAACGUGACUAUCCACAACACUCAACCCAGUCAAGGUGAUCAAAGACCCGCACACAACAAACGAGAUGGGACACCAUACGCCGUUAAUACAUGGCGUCGCCAAAGUGUUGGCCACCAGGCCAAACCUCCUACCUGUCGCAACUCUAGAUCGCCCCACGGCAGCAUGGAGUACGUCCACUGCACCUGCGAGGAUUGCAAUCAGAGGAACUGCACUGUUCAUGUCGCCGUUCAAGGAAACAUCGUGAAUCCGCAGGUUCUAGACAUUCAGACCCGCAUCAAGUUUGGGCUGGGUGAACGUUUCGGUAUUGUUGUCGAUGUUUUUCCUCUUGCCUCAAAGGAUCCCACGAACUUCCUCGCCCGAUUCUCGCAUGAGCAAUCCGUCGUUGAAGCCCUUGCAACUGGCGGUGCAGACAUGCCUGAGAGAGGAAUCUCGGUGCUUAUCUCGCCCUCGAUGCGAUCGAAAUGGAUGAAUCGACCUCGGGAAGGUGUGAUACCUACAAACAGAGGCCGAGAACUGGCGAUUCAGCAAUCUGCAUACCCAUCUUCGCCUCUCGAGUCUCCCAUUGCGACCAACCAACCGCUUCCCUUGGCCUAUCCGAAUACUGCUGGUAUCCCCCAAGUCGCAAAUUUCACGCAGCACCAUGGGGCACCCAUGCACCUACCCAACACUCAAAUUGUUCAUGCGGGAUUUCAAGCCCAGCCCUACUUCUCUGCUGGACACAUUGCUCAUCCAGGUUUCACCAGGCAAUUCUUUCCUAACCAGACGCCCUACGCUGGGCAACAUUCGUCCAACUACGAUCAAGCACAGCAACAAGGACGGCGAAGAGGCUCUUCAUACCGUGAAACUCCUUCUGCACCUCGGGCUGCUCUCUCGAAGAGAAUCGAGGCGCCUCAACCCAAACUCGCAGCUACUGAGGUUCCAAAUGAGUCCAAGGGCAGAAAGAAGUAUGACAACAAGACCGUGCAAGCCAAAGACGGCGACUCUGCUGGAGUGAGGCCUGCCGAGCCUGUGGCAAGCGCAAGUGACGCCUCAGUCACUCCCAAUAAAGCAGAAACAAGCCAUGUUGACCACGACACAACGAAGACUGGCAAGGGUGAUGACGACCAGGCUGAGCCAGUAGAUGACACCUCCGAGAAGGCAUCUCCCACUCUGGCAGCCGAUCCAGUUCCUGAACCUUGUGAUCAGGGCCAAACUGGUCAUUCUCGAGUGCCAAGCAUAUUCACUGAGGAGGAGAUCAAAGAGCGGAAGAAAGCAUGGGCUAGAAUCUCUAUGCCAAUCGGUCCUCGAAAGACGAAGGCAGUUUCAACAAAUGCAAAUGAGACAGCGGAAACCGCAAGUGGUGCCCUAAAAAUUUCAAUGGACAGCAAGGUUGGGAAUAGCACUUCUGUAUCGGAAAGAUCGUCACCGGUUCAAUCAUCCGGCCAUACACCAGAGCCAUAUGAAGAGACAACAAUGAAGCCUCCUCCUUUCAAACCAACCAAGGGUCCCAGUGGGAACCACCCCAAGCACAGACGAGGUGCUUCAGGAAGAAAUUCUCGCCAGAGCGACCGGUCGGGCCCGGAUUCUUCCCUUAGCACACCGACCUCCCCCCAUCUCCCUCUGGUUACUACUAAGCCUUCUGAGUUGCACCUCGCUCACCAAGGUGGGAAUAACAGCAACCAGGCCGGAGAAGCUCCACGAAAGAACAAGAACAAGGGUAAGAACAAGAAGAAGAAAUCACAGCAAACAUCAACGACACCCGGCGCCCCUGCUACACCGCAAGCUGGCCCUUCGAAGGAAACAUCGCCUCACCAGGGACGCACACGUGCACCUCAGCAACGACGCCCAGCUAGUCCCGUCUCCCAAGAGACAUCCCCGCAGAACAUGACAUCCCAAGUUCCUCGACGAGGCUCUCUUUCACCCGCCAAGCGCCCUCGCGAAGAAAACAUUCAGCAAUGUCGCUCCACUUCCCCGAAGCGCAACAAGCAAGAUGGCGACGAAGACCCGGCACAAUCUAUCCGGUCUUCUACUCACACCAUGGAAGAGACACGCGGUCGACUAGGAUACAGGGCGGGUGCAGGUGGCUCACUCCGCAUCAAGAAACCGCGCAAGGCCCGGCCGCUGGUGACAGAGCCCUCUGUUGCAGAGCAGCAUCUUGACACACAAGUAGCACCUCCUUCAUCUGAUUUCGCAUUUGAAUGCUCGAGCAUGGCUCAGAAUCAUGCCACAACAAAUGUGUCUGAUGACGCCGAUCAAGGGAACUCUGUUGUGCUCUCCGUACAAAGCCAACUGAACCCAAAGGCAAAGGACUUCCAGUCACCAUCCCGCCUUCCGAACGAAGAGAAGUCCAACAAUGCGGACGCCAACGUGACUUCUGACAAUGCUCAGGAGAUAUCGCCCUCUGGACUUGAGAAGGCUAACAACGAGAUCGAGACGGCGCCCCCACAGGAGUUAGCGACGACAGAGGAAAAAGAUGAGAAGCUUCUUGCUGACGAACUCGCACCUGGAACUUCCGCUCCCGCUGGGACUAAGAAACCGUCUAAGAGCCAAAAGCGCGACAAAGGCAAGAACAGAGUCGCGCCAACUGAGGAAAAGGGCACACCAGCUGAGAAAGGGGCGUCAGAGCCACACACCCCAAAUCGAGCUCUGACGGCGAAGAAAGCUGGUCUUGACAAGGAAGACUGGCCAUCCUUGCCUCCACCUCGUGAUCGUGCUGCGUCCAAAUCGAGUACACCGUCGUUGUGGGGAGCGAAGAAGACUGGUGGCAGUGGGCAGGGCUCGCCUGUCAACAAGUAGCGUUGAACAAUGGAAGAGGUAGGAUACUCGACGGGUUGAUAUCGCAUGAAAGAUGACGCACUGGUUUUGAAUUUGGCUUGGGAUACUAAUAGGAGGACUGCCGAUGAUAAGGGGAGCCUUGACAAUACUCGACACUUGGGUUGUUCAAGUUAGGGAAGGGACACUUUCUGGCUUUUUUUUUCACUUCCUUCUUUUCAGGGCCUACCACUUGGUGAUGGAACAACACAGUUUGCUAUUGGUUCUUGCUUGGCAUGAUGUUUGGGGUGGCUGACAUUUGGAUGGGAGGGAGUGGUCGGACAUCCGCGGGAGGAACGACAAAACCAAAAACAAAAAAGGGUGUGGGGAUGGAUGAGGCUGGUUGGCAGCGGGUGAUAGAUCUGUAGCGAAAGACGAAAGUCGUG